AUGAGUGAAAAGUAUCCUAAUUUUAUUUCUGUUAGCAAGAACUUUUUAGCUGAUCAAAGUUUUGCAAUUUUUGUUUCUCUUAUGCAUGGAUCAGAGGCUUGUGAACACUUUUUUGGCAUGGCGCGUCAAAUUAAUUCUGAUUUUAAUUAUUCAGAAUUGUUACAAUUAGUUCCAAAAAUUUCUCAAUGUACCAAAGCGUUAAGAACAAAAAAUGUUACAUUGGAAAAAGAAAAAUCAGUUCGUGAUGUAAGCAAGCAUGCUUUUAGUUACCAUUUUAACUACAAUAUCGGAAAUAUUAAUUCAAGCAAGUUAGCAGAAUUAUGUGCUUGGCCAUCAGACAAGGAUAUUACUUCAGCUGUUAAACAUUCUUACAAAUUGGCGUCUGAACUUGCUAAAGCACUUGAUAUGGAACCUACUUCAAAUAUGAAUCAUUCACUAUUACUGCCAUUUCCAACUUUGGAACUGGAAAAUGAUUCAAAUGAAUUCUUUGAAAUCGAUAGAGAAAUUUCUGAUGCAAUUAGUCAAGCAUCUAAGCAUACUACUGAAAGAAUUGAUGAUAUUCUUGAUUUAUCGAACAUUAAGAAUGUUGAUGAUCAAAUUCAGCAAACCCAAGUUAUUUCAUCUUUAGAUAAUAUGAGAAUAAUUAAUAAUAAGCAACUUAUUCAUGAUUCUUCUAUUAGAUAUAUUUUUCCAACAGAAGAGUUGAAUUAUUUGGUUAUGAUUAAAUUACGAAGGAAUCAUGAAGCAUAUAAUUCAAGACCAAUUGAAAGACAAAAUCGUACAUAUAUGAUUGGUCAUGAAAACACAAAUACUAUUAAUCCAAAUAGGGCUAGUCAUAUAAUUUCACAUCUUACGAAUAAUGAUGAUCCGGCACGAUGGAAAGAAAAUUGGAAGGCAAUGACAGCUAAUCUUGCAAGUUUACAUAAAUUUGAAUUAUCAAGGCAAAGACAAACUGAUAAAGUUACAAAUAAAAUUAUAUGUGUUGAAUCGGCAAAUAUUACUCAAGAUUUUCCAUUGCAACAAAGUGACUAUGUAAUUGCAUUGUAUGGGACAAAAAUUUGUAUUGCUAAAAUAAUAGCAAUGUAUUAUGAAGGUUAUGGUAACCAUUGUUAUAGCCAAAAUGCAGUAACUCCAAUUGAAGAUUUGUCUUAUAUUUCAUUACAAGUAUAUUUGCCCAUUCAUCUCAAUAUUUUUGCAAGUCAAACUGUGAAAGGUUAUACACUAUUUACUCAUCAGUGUCCUCAAAAUAUUAUAUAUCAUAUUAAUUUAAAUGGAGUAAUAAUUGGUUAUAGUUCACUAAUUUUAACAGGAGUACCAUCAUCAACCAGAGCAGAAAUAGUAGCUAUUUUCUUAGCAUUGUUGACAGCACCAGAAAAUUCCAAUGUAACUAUUUAUAUAGACAGCUUAGGUGCUAUAAAUUCAAUUAAUUUAGCUUUUAAUUUAACAACUAGAAUAUGA